UACAAGAGAAACGUGGACAUAAUUUAUAUUUGAUUCCUCCAGUCCCCAUUCAUUUCUUGCUUGUCAGUAUCACCCACUAGCCUCAAACGUAUCAUCAACAUCUCUCUCUCGCUCUCUCUCUCUGGGCUGUUCUGUUUAUUCCAGGAGAAUAAAUUUGUCUGUUUUCUUGAAGCACAAGAAUAAUGCCUGAGAAAAUAACAACAGAGGACUUAUUUAACAAUCUAGUAGAGACCAUUGCAGAUGGUGUCUCUAAGCAGAAAUCCGUGUCCUUUUUUGAGGAAGAGAAAUCAAACUCAGUUGUCUCUGGCUUCAAUCGGCUUUUUGGACGUCAGAGGCCUGUCCAUCAUAUUUUGGGGGGUGGAAAAUCUGCUGAUGUUUUGUUAUGGAGGAACAAGAAGAUCUCAGCCAGUUUUUUAGCUAGUGCAACUUUAAUAUGGGUUCUAUUUGAAUGGCUUAAUUACCAUUUCCUGACUCUUCUAUGCUUUGCUUUGGUUCUUGGCAUGCUUGCUCAGUUUGUUUGGUCAAAUGCCUCGGGUUUACUUAACAGGUCAUCUUCUCAAGUGCCACGCCUUGUUUUGCCCGAUGAAUUAUUUGUUAGCAUUGGGAGGUCAGUUGGUGCUGAGGUGAACAGAGGCUUACAAUAUCUGCAGGAUGUUGCAUGUCAGGGAAACUUGAAACAAUUUCUUGUGGUUGCAGUAAGCUUGUGGGUUGCUGCUGUUGUUGGAAGUUGGUGCAACUUUUUGACUGUUUUGUACAUUGGUUUUGUUGCAGCCCAUACAUUACCAGUCCUGUAUGAGAGGUAUGAUGAGCAAAUAGAUGGCUUUGUUUACAAUAUGCUUGAUCAGUUCCAAAAUCACUAUAAAAAGUUGGAUUCUGGUGUUCUGAGCAAGAUCCCCAAGGGAAAGUUCAAGCUUAAGAAACAUGACUAGGUGCAUUUGGUCACUUCCAUUAGAUCUUUAGAGUUUCUGUAGCACAUAUAUACAUCAAACACUUGAAUAAAUGGUGUUAUAUUUUUGUGAAAUUAUCAGUUUGAAUAUUGGAAAUAA